UAACACUUAUGAUAAUCUACACGAUUUUAUACAGUUAACUCGGUCUCGGCUACCACAUUUUAUGUACCUAUAGCUAACGCAAUAACAAAGUUGUAAAAACACGAUCCAUAAUGUAUCAUACAUAUUUUAUAAUUUAUUAUUGUUUAUUACUUUUGAUCACAACAACGGCUACUUUCGACAAAAAAUAUCAGUUUAAACAGUUUAAAGAUUCGUCUAGUGAAAACAUCUUUAACACUAACAAACAUGGACCCGAACGACCGUGUGGUGGGCAUAUUAUCGAGUCAAAUAGUUAUCAAAUUAAAAAUUAUCCAGAAAUACCAUUGGACAUCAUAAUGGAAUUAAACCAGGUUAAAAGUGUUUCAGAACUAUUUAAGUUUAUGCCACAUAUCGAUAUUCAAGAAAUGUUUAAGUAUGAAACUAAUGAUGGUCAAAAUUCGACGAUUAUUCCAAAAGCAGCCACUUGUACCACAGAAAAUCAAACAGUUAGCCUGAGAGAUGAUAAUAACCCAAGUUUAUACUAUUCUCCGCCCUGUACACGAGUGAAGCGAUGUGGUGGUUGUUGUGGUAGCAGUUUGGUUUCCUGUCAACCAACCGAAGUAGAGAUGCUUAAUUUUGAAGUUACCAUUCUACAGUAUAAUGAAACAUUCACUUUCAAAGAAAAAAAAAUUAUUACUAUAGAGCAACAUGUGAAAUGUAAAUGUGAUUGUAUCGUUAAAGAGAAAGACUGUAAGCCCUCGCAAAUGUAUAAUGCCAGAGAAUGUCAAUGUGUUUGUAAUAAUUCAGGAGAAGAGUGCGAAGAACAAGGUAAAAAGGUAUGGGAUUCAGACACUUGUUCAUGUCGAUGUAUUGAAGAGCAAGAAUGUACAACAGGAUACAAAUAUGAUUACAAUACAUGCAGCUGUGAAUUAGCAUAGACGAAGACUUCUUACAAUCCAUUCAAAUAUCACUUAACCAUGAACUUAAUAAAGAUUACUAACUUAACUCAUAAAA